CACAGAGAAAGCUUCUUCUAUUUUUUCUCAUGUGCUCAUUAAUUUCAAGUUAUUUCACACUCUUGUCAUCGAAAUUUAAAAGCUCAUACUUGAUCCGUAAAUCGAUAGUUAUUCGUGCUGUUUUUUCUUUGUGCUGUGAGUUCUCGGCCACUUAAAAAUUAAUCAACGUAAAAAGGCCCAAGUGAUUUACUUUACUAUUAUUAUAAUUGUUGUUAUUAAACAGACAAGUGUUUGUGUACAACUUUUGAAGAUAUAUUAAAACUGGUAUUUAAGAAGCCUUGAAAACAAUUUUUGGCGUAACUCCCAAGUAAUCUUUAAAAAGUCUGUUAUAAUACACGUGGACGAAUCAUAACACGAUGAAGAUACAUUUCUUUUGGCGCUUAUUAAGAAUUUAAAUAUCACCACUAUUGAAUAAGUAAUAAAGUAAUAAAGUUACAAUGGAGCCGAAUGAAACCUCGCAAUUGAAUGAUUGGGCAGAAGCGACAAUGACUGGUGUCCAAAUGUACUACACACCAGUGCUGGUCUCACUGGGAACUCUAGGCAAUGGUCUGUCUGUUUACGUUUUUUUCGGCACAAAAAUGCGCCGGGUGUCAUCGAGCUGGUAUCUGUCAGCUUUGGUGAUAAGUGACACAGGUUUCCUGAUAUCUCUUCUUGUAGCCUGGCUGAAUAUGGUAGGAGUCGGGCUAUUUAAUCGUCCAGGUUACUGUCAGUUUUUUGUCUAUCUCCCGACACUGUGCAGUUUUUUGAGUGUAUGGUUCGUCGUUUCAUUCACGAUAGAACGUUUCGUUGCCGUGCGCUAUCCGCUACGUAGACAGUCAAUGUGUACAGUCGCACGAGCUAAAAGUAUAUUAAUGAUAUUGACAUUGGUCGGAUUAAUUUUAUGCAGUCCGGUGCUCUGGUUCACAAGACCACGAGCCACUAAUAAAAAAUUAAAUGCCACAGUAUGUUUACUAGCUGAGGAAUGGGCAGACUGGGCACGUGUUUUCAAUAUCGCUGAUACUAUUCUAACAUUUGUAUUACCAUUCACUGUUAUUGUUGUGCUUAAUGGACUAAUUGUUAAAACUGUUUGGCGACUAGCUCGAGUGCGUAGAACACUCACUACGUCGACGACGACGAUGACAAAUUUUUCGUUUAAUAAAAAUAAAACGUCGCAGCAAAAAUAUAAUCAAUCAUCCGGUACAUCGCAGAGUAAAGUUACAAAUAUGCUGUUGGUUGUUUCGAGUUUUUUUUUAUGUUUUAAUUUACCAGCUUACGUCAUGAGAGUAAGAGCAUUUCUUGAGGAAGACGAUGAACCACCACGAGCAAUUGUAAUCACACAGCAUAUAUGUAACUUAUUAUUUGAUACGAACUUUGGAAUUAACUUCGUAUUAUAUUGCGCUAGUGGACAAAAUUUUCGCAAAGCUGUUGUUGCGAUUAUCUUGCGUCGUAAAAAGCGAUGGAAUUCCGGCACGAGGAUUUCAAAUCACGCUUCCGAGUCACGGAAGUCAUUGAGCGAAUCAAUGGCUCGCCAACGCACGAUUGUGUACGAAGUACCUUGGACUGAAGAGUACGAGCUGCAAAGUUUUUCCAGAGAUACGUCGCGGAAAACGAAAUUCAAAGACCACCGAAAUUCAAAUGAAGAUCAGUAACGAAAUUGUUAAUAAAUA